CUCGAAUCCCACUGCUUUGCUUUUCCGCUUGUCUUUGUGCAUUCAUUCACCUUCUCUCUCUCCUCUCGUCUGUCUCUCUCUUUCUCUCUCUCUCAAAUGGUUUCAGCUACUUCAAUCAUAGCCUGGGGCUCUGGAGAAGAUGGGCAACUAGGAAUUGGUACCAACGAAGACAAGGAAUGGGCUUGUGUCGUUAAAGCUCUUGAGCCUUACUCUGUUCGCUCCGUUGUCUCUGGUAGCCGUAACUCCCUCGCCAUUUGCGAUGAUGGCACGAUGUUUACAUGGGGUUGGAAUCAAAGAGGUACAUUAGCACACCCACCAGAAACAAAAACAGAAAACAUCCCUAGUCGAGUUAAGGCUCUUGCCAAUGUCAAGAUCACUCAGGCAGCAAUUGGUGGUUGGCAUUGUUUAGCUGUUGAUGAUCAGGGCCGAGCAUAUGCGUGGGGUGGGAAUGAGUAUGGACAAUGUGGUGAAGAGCCUCUAAAAGACGAGAUGGGUAGGCCCGUGCGAAGAGAUAUUGUGAUCCCUAAGCGUUGUGCCCCGAAACUUACAGUCCGACAGGUAGCUGCAGGUGGUACUCACUCCGUGGUUCUGACACGUGAAGGUCAUGUGUGGACUUGGGGUCAACCUUGGCCUCCUGGUGACAUAAAACAGAUAUCUGUUCCUGUAAGAGUUCAAGGUCUUGAAAAUGUUCGUCUUAUCGCUGUUGGAGCAUUUCAUAAUCUGGCUCUUGAAGAAGAUGGCAGAUUAUUGGCAUGGGGUAAUAACGAAUACGGACAACUUGGAACCGGUGACACUCAGCCAACAUCUCAUCCUGUUCCAGUCCAAGGCCUUGAUGAUCUCACUUUGGUUGAUAUUGCUGCUGGUGGGUGGCAUUCAACGGCUUUAACAAAUAAAGGAGAGGUGUAUGGUUGGGGAAGAGGAGAACACGGAAGACUCGGGUUCGGUGACAAUGACAAGAGCAGCAAAAUGGUUCCACAGAAAGUAAAUCUUCUAUCUGAAGAAGAUAUAAUUCAGGUUUCUUGUGGGGGAACACAUUCAGUUGCUUUGACAAGAGAUGGCAGAAUCUUCUCGUUUGGUAGAGGGGAUCAUGGUAGACUUGGAUAUGGAAGGAAAGUAACAACAGGACAACCAUUGGAGUUACCUAUAAUGAUACCUCCACCUGAAGGAAGCUUUAAUCAUGCUGACGAAGAAGAAGAAGGAAAAUGGUCAGCUAAGUCGAUCGCUUGUGGUGGCCGCCACACCCUUGCAGUUGUUGAAUGGAAGUCCGAUGAUAUUUGAUCCUCAAUGGCACCGGUUAAUGAACAAGUUAUGAAGAGAGAAAAAAAACAGCAAUGUGAUUCAUACUAAGGAUGGCAAAAGGAGAGUAUGUAUUUAUAAAAAGGAAAGGGGCAAAAACAUGCUUAUUUCCCUAUGAAAUAAUCUUUUUGUAAGAGUAAUUUUGAUUUCAAGGAAAUUUUACAAAUAAUUUUGAUAGUGGGAGAUCUUGGUAAA